CGGUGUCCGAUUCUUGAUCAAGUGGACAUCACAUGCAGGCGAUUUGUAUACUGCCAGCCAGCUGUGUAUCUGUGUGUGUAACCAUAGAACACCGACCGACCCACCGAUGGAUCACGCGUAGCGUGCACAGAAGGAUGCAUGGCAUGCAAUGAAUGCACCAACCACUGGCUGCGACACUGCGACGCUUCUAUCCAUGAGUGAAUGCAAACACGUCCGGUCCAUUGCUCACUCACUCACUAAAGGGCCAGCCAGGUUCAAGAGUUCAACCGUAAAAGUUUUUGGAAACUCGCAACAGUCUGCACACACACACACACACGCACAAACAGACAGAGCUAGCUGCCGAUCUCAACCAACAUGCGUGUGCGUGUAGGGUACCUACCUGUUCGACGAGUCGUUUUGCGUGCUGAACAGACCUCUCGUCCUCCCCCUGUAUCUUGACCGUCGUCCCCUCCACCACGAUGGUCGCACCCGACUCAUCCUGCAUCCGCCGAAUGUUCUGCCCCCUGACCAGACCAACACACACACACACACAUACACACACACAAUUUACGAGACAAUUUGUGGUCGUCCCCGCCAGAGCAGAGCCGCUGGCUGGCUGACCUUGGCCCAACGAUGCGGCCGACGGCUCGGUCAUCAUCUAGGUAGACCUCCGCGUUCUGCUGGUUCCAACGUUCGUGGUCACGACACACCCUGUCAGACAUACAUUGCAUUGCAUUGCAGAGGUGCCACGGUCGGUCGAUCUCAAAGCUUUGUUUCCGUGUGUCUGUGCUGUGGUUAAUUACCUGGUUUUGGCACUGUUGACCGCAUUGGGUCGGCCACACAGCCACAGACGGCUGUUGUCCCGAUCCAGGGAAGCCACCAAGUCACGACCUUGCAACCGAACCUGUCAGACACAUGACAAACACAUCACAUCGACUCGUGAGGGAUGAUGAACUAACUGUGUCCUGUCUGUCCGGUGUGUGGCGGUGCGGUCGAUUUGCAAUGCCCACACACACAGACCAGUUUGCUGUCGUCUCUGCCGGCCAUGUACUCGACUGACGAAGGAUGCAGGUACAUCAUGAAGCAGUUGUCGGGAAAGUAGUAGGACAAUAUCUGACAGACAGAGGGGCACGAAGAGGUCAUGUGGUGCAGCUAGCUGUCCGUUCCUCUGUGUCUGUCUGCCACAAUACAUACAUACCUUCUGGAACUCUUCGAUGGCAUGUGAAGUCGCAUCGGGGCUGCCAGUGAUGGUGGCCUUGGUAGACGUGGGCUGGUACACACACACACACACACACGCACACAUCAAUACGCCCUUGCCUCUGAGCUCGCUUGGUGUUAGUCACCUGGAAGUCGACAUGGACCUGCAGUUUGUGCCUGAUGUGUUCGUCGAUGUCAGCCAUGAGGUCGCUCAUCUUUUGCGGCUGCACGCCAGUGAAGAUGUCAGGCAGCAAGGGCAGGAAGUCACGGGCACCACCAGCACCCACCAGCGCCUGAAUGCAGUACACACACACACACACACACACGCAGGCAGACAGACAGACAGACGGACAGACACACAGACGGACAGACACAGACAUACAGAGCCCGGUGCGUGUGCCGUAUGUAUGAGGCAGCUAGCUUACCUCUACACACUCCUUGGCUUCCGCGACGAGUGCUUUGAGGCCUUUGAGCGCAACAGCUGUCCCCUGAUCGUCCUUGACACAGUCAACCUACCAACAAGGAAACCCUCAUACCCUACCAAUGGCUGAAUGAGAUCUGCAUUGCAUUGCUUGCUGACCUUGAGUCCCGCAUCCUUGAGCUGUUGCAGCCCGGCGUCGCCAUUGAGCAGCCUAAGCUUGUCCGCAGGCACGCGCACUGUCAUUGUCUCCAGACGGGAGGCGUCCUAGAGCAUACGCAUACCACACCACACCCAUACAGGGGGAAGAAGAACACACUAUCGACGAGCGCAUGAGGGUCACGUUUCCUGUGGCCUUCUCUAUCUAUUGCUCACGUACGUUGAUUUGGCUGAGUAUGGCCUCCUUGGCCUGGUCUGCCGUCUGCUGUGAGCCGUCAUUGGCCGUCACUCUGACAUCCUUCCGAUCAAGCACGAUAGUGACACCCAUAUCACCCUGCAACCACACACACACCCACUCGUCCGUCACGUGAGCGUGACGUGACUUGUACUCUAUCUGGCUGACCUCAAGUUUCAUGAGUCCCAUCUUUUUGGUAAUGAACCCCAUGGCGUGUUCAUCUACGUUGCGAAUCAGACAUGUGCCCUCCCCGCCGAUGAUGCCGCACACAAGCCGCUUGGCGUGAGCCACUGCACUCGGGUCACCUGCAGUGCAGUGCAGUGCAGUGAGGGACAGACACAGAAGCCAGUUGUGUUGUCCCAUAUAUCCCUGUGACCGUUGCUUGUGCCCACUGACUGACCGACCUGAAAUCUGCACUUCCAAUUUAUCACCAUUGACAGACACCCGCGCGCCGCUCUGUGCCUGGAUGUCCUUGACCACUGCACAAACGCAUUCACACAAUUAACAGAUCAACACACACAUGCGUUGCAUGCCAUGGGCCAGGCAGUGCACCUGAUCCUUGCUGGCCGAUGACGCGACCAACGUCCCUCUGCAAACAAACGCAACAUAGAUGGCGAUUCCCGCUUUCUUCACUGUGGUAUGUAUCGCUGCGCCACUCACCGGAUCAGGGAUCUUGACCACUUCGUUCGCUCGGCCGCUGUUGCCAGAUCUUCCAUUUUGAGUAUUGUAAUACGACAUGGCGGCACUCCUGGUGCUCCUGAUGGUGAACUACGCCAGGGAGUUCGCUG